AUGGGAAGAGCCUUCGCCUUUCUGCUGAUCCUGCUGGGGGCGCAGCUCGCGGCCUCCACCUUCAAAAUCUGCGCUUUCAACAUCCGCAGCUUUGGGAAGGCGAAAGCUGCAAACCGGAAGGUCAUGGGAGCCCUGGUCCAGAUCCUUUCUCGCUGCGAUAUCUCAGCCGUGCAAGAGGUCCGCGACGCUAAAGGCUCAGCGAUUCGGAUACUCCUGCAGGAACUGAACAGGUAUGAUCCUUCCCAUCACUACAGCUGCCUGGAGAGCAAGAGACUGGGGCGUGGCAGCUACAAGGAGCAGAAUGUCUUCGUCUAUCGGAUGGAUGUGGUCUCCGUUACCGACUGGUGCCAGUUUGGGGAAGAGGAUUCCGGUCCGUUUGAGGCCUUCGCCAGGGGCCCUUUCGCCGCCCGCUUCCAUUCUCCCAACACAGGUGUGACUCAGUUUCCCACCACAACAGGGACCCGGGAAAUCGCCCUCCCAGAGCCUCCUGUCUCCAUCUCGCUAGGAGACAGAGGAAGCGUGGGAAAAGAGGCCGUGAUUCGGGAUUUUAUGCCACUUUCCCACCCAAUCAGGGUCCCCAGGAUCAUCGUCCACGGAGACGAGCUCCUCGGGGCCGUUGUGGCCAGGUCGGCCAAGCCCUUCAAUUUCACGCACGCGCUCGGACUCUCUGAAGAAGAGGCCCUAGAAAUCAGUGACCACUACCCUGUGGAGGUGAAUCUAAAGCUAGCGCCAAAGGCCCAGCGCGAGCUCUGA